AAACCAGACCUCUGAAAUUGAUAUAUAAAAAAAAAAGAAAAAAAAAAAAAGCAGAAGCCAGAACAGAAAAACAGAAUGCUAAUGCUAGGGAGAAUGAUCAGAUAGAGCUAAUACAUGAUUGAUGCCAUCAUCCCGGCAAUCAAACCAAUAGGGAAACAUAUUAUUCAUCAUUUCAUCCUCCGCCAGUUUACAACCAAAGCAAAGACCCAAAAAGACAGAAUAUUUUAAACUGAAACAUGAACGUAUCGAUCAACCGAAGUAAAUCCAGUUGUGAAUUUUUUCUGAGAAAAAAGGGGUUUAGGGCUUAGGAGCCAAAGUUUGAAUAGCAGCCGCAAUGCAGUUAUAGAGGGGAGGAGCGGCUGUAUGAUGGAAUACAAAACCCUAGCUGGAAUGGAGGCGAUUUUCUGGAUCAAACUCAACUUUUGAAUCCAGAAAAGCCCAUUGAUGAAUGCCUGGAGCCACGAAUAUGCCAUCCAAUUCAAACCAUAGUCUCGACAUCAACCGCUAAUUCGCAGAAGGUUUGUUGUCUAUGGUGCCGGUUGCGGUUUUCAGAGCAAAAAAGGUAGACUCAGAUGCAUUCAAGGAAGCAAAGGAUGUGGGUCAAGUUUCCUUGAAGCUUAAAUUCGUAAAGAAGAUGGAUGAACCCAUCAAGAACGCUUCCAGUUAUGAAGUUGUCGAUAUAGUCCAAGAUCUCACCUACCACAUUGAAUUAGCAAAAGGAUGCUAUAGCCUGUAGGGAUAAUCUAGCUGCCCUUGCAAGGAAUGCCUUGCUUCAAGAAAGCAAUAUUUUGAAAUUUGUGAAGCAUUCCAGUGUAAUGAGGCCCGGCUAUUAUAUAGGCAUUGAUCCUCAUAAAAAACAUGCAAGGUAUUGGUGAGACUCAAAUUUUCUAUGACUUUGUUACCAACAUUGUAACACCAAGUGAUGGAGAAGUUACGUUUGAAGGCUAUUCUAAUUCUACUCAUUUUGGCACAUUGAAGCUGAUUGUUGGUUUUGUAUCUAUGAAAUGGCAACAAUAAGGAAGGGUUUUGAGAAAUAUCAGGGAUUUAGGUUAAGGGUGAUGGGCAUUCCCUUGGAGCUGCUACAGCUUCUACACAUUAGGAGUUUGGUUUUAGUCCUGACAUUGUUUCUGGCGUUGGACAUGCAAUUCUGCCUAGUGUGUCCAAAGAACUUGCUGAAAGUUGCUCUGAUUUUGUUUCAACUGUUAUAAUGCAGGAUGAUAUCAUACCUAGAUUACAGCAGCACUGCCUCUCUAGCAAGGCUGAGGAUUGAAAUUAUUCAAACAGAUUGAUGAGAUGGUGGAAUGGUUAUCUUCAACCACAGACUGGCUUUUUCUUGAACACUUCAAAAUUUGUCAGCUGUCCUGUAAAACUAGUUAUUUCUUUGUCCAAAUUUAAAGAUAGCUUUGCAUCCAAUGCAUAUAAAGUUUGAAUGCAACUGGGGAUUAGUGACUUGUUGUGAAUGUGAAGAUUGCAAAGCAGGUGGUGUCUUCAGUACAGGAUGUAGCUCUGAAGCUUGCUGAUUUUUUUUUUUUUUUUGGGCAAAUUGUACUAGUGAAAGUUAAAAUACUGCUUUUAGCAAUUCAUGGAAAAACAGGCUGAUGGUGUUUUGAUUAUAUUUGCUUCCAGGUGAAAAUCAUUUCCAGAGAAUACUGCUUUCAGGCAACUUAAAUCUCUGAUCAUAAAUGUGAUAGCCAUUACCAUGCUCUGUGAGACAUACUUAAAAGUUUGUGCUAUUGCAAUAAUGAAAGCAUUUUUAGAUAGAGAUAUUGCUGAUGUUUGAACAACCUUUCCAUUGCUUCAAUUGUAGAUAAUUGUAUAUGGAGGCAGCAGUUUUGAAGCAUUUUCAUAGAAGGAAGUGUUAUGCUACUGUAGUUUUGCUUGUAAAUUUCUUUAUCUUAACUGAAAUACUAGCCAAGGUGGUCAGAUGUGUCAAGGCAAACAUAUACCUGAAUCUCUUAUAGAAGAUCCAAUAGUGUUUAUUCUCUUGUAACAAAACAUAGAUUUGUCUUAAUUUGAUCUUGAGCAGGAAUUAUAGUGAUCGUAUACAAUCAUGGGAGGGAAUCUGCUGCCAGUAUCUUAUGAUGUUAAAAUGUCCCAAAUCUGUUGGUUUCCUCGGCAUUGUUCUGCAAAUGGAUUACUCUGGCAGCAGGUGACAGAUUACAACUGACUAAGAAUGUCAAUUUAAUUGAUUAAAUUUUUUACUUGUUC